CAAAAGUCUUUCCUGCGCUGCGCCUCGACACACUCUUCUGUUCUACUUUGACUUCUUGAACUGUACACUAUUUCAUCCUUUUUCGUCAUUCGCUCAGUUUGUUCAUCUCGUACAUUUCUUCCUCCAAGGGCAAACCCUGUAUUCUGCUACUCAAACUCCUUUGACGAACGACUUCCGCAGAUCCGCCGACUAUCAAUUCUCUUCCCGGAAAAUACCACAAACCCUCCGAGACAUUUUGUCCCCUCGACUCAUCCUUGCUCGUUGCCCUCUUUUUCCAUUAGAACGGCCUUCUUUCGGAGUCACUUGGGACGUCGGUAUCGUUCACGCUUAGUUAUUUGCUCGAGUUACGUGUUGGAGGAAGAAACGGGAGUACCGACCUUCUCCAGAACAUCUUUAGUGGAAGCCAGAAAAAUGUCGUAUCAUUAAGCCCACCAUAAUAGGCGGCGAAAGCAAGGACCAUUUACAGUUCUCUUCAAUGGCGUUCAAUGGUCAGCAUGAACCCUCUCAACACCCGACAGGAUCAGCUGGAGGAAGUACACAUCGACCAAGUCGGUGGUCUUGGUUGAGGAUGUCGAGUAAUUCACUCACCGUCCCGCUGUUCUUGCUCCUCUGGAUAAGCGUGGUCGAAGCUGCCUAUGUCGAAUUUCACAAUUGUCUGGAUAAGAAUAUCAUAAAUUCACAACCUCGACUUCUGCAGUUCGACCCGCUCAAUGUAUCGGCGGUUUUCAAUACAACUUCAGGCCGACACCACCUCAAUGUGACCGUGUAUGGGAAUGUUACCGGAAAGGCCACAGAUCAGCCUUAUCCUGCGCCGGACGAUCCGUCAUGGAAGAACCCGAACGAUACCUUUGGCAAGAUCCCAGACGUCAGCGAGUCCAACAACAAGUAUACGACACUCUUCACUCGGUUUAAUCUUCUCAGCUAUACCCCAUGGAACGACGAGCCCAGAAGGUUUUGCACGGCCGUCACGCAAGACGACUGCCCGCUAGCUCCAGCCUUCUACGCCAAUUCUACUGAACUCACUCGACUCCCUGCGUUUUCCGUCGCACAUGACAUGGGUUCAAGUUACGCUUUCACCUCUUUAGAAGCGACUAUACAAGUACAAUCAGGCGAUGCUAGCGGGCAAUACUACGGCUGUGUAACUGCCACGGUCACGCCAGAUCUAGGAGGAUACCUCAAUGGCUUACUGAGGUAUCUACCUCUUGCGGUCCUGAUUGUCGUUGGCAUUGCAACAAUUGCCGCUUCCGUCUUCAGUCCCUGGGGGUCGGCUGAUCUAUUCAACUGGAGCAGCAAUUUUGGCCGUGAUGAGGAUUUGCUUCGCCUCGUUACCCCGGGUUUCGGUGAUUGCUUACAGUAUAUCCAAUUCGUGGUCUUGACCGGAAGCUUGAGUCUUAAUUACCCGGGCUUCUAUCAGCCUGCUGUGAGUCGAGUCAGUUGGUCGUCCUUGAUGUUCAACGAAAGCUUUGUCUCUGGAGGCAAUGGGACCCAGCCUCUGGUUGACGGCAUCUACCAAUAUAGGCCAGGCACUAAAUAUGGUCUGGACCAAAUGAGCCAAUUAGUCGGCAUGACUUCGGACAGAGACAUCUGGGCCGCCAUGAUUGUCUGGCUGGUUGUGAUCGUUGCAGGUGCCACGCUUUUGACACAACUCGGCUUUGCUGCUCGCUGGAUAUAUCGGCAAAUUGCAAACGAACCUGCCGAAGAUUUUCGCUCCAAGAACGGACCUUUCACCAUCGGAAAUGUGGUGCGAAUCACCUUCAACUACUUCAUUCUGCCCUGGAUCUCGCUUUCCUUCUAUCAGCUCUUGAUCGCCGCUCGAGGACCCUCAUAUUCCGUCGCACUUGCGGCUGUUUCGUUGGUCGUGGUGAUCCUGUUCUCAGUGCGGCUUAUGCUGCUCUUCACUCGGACAAGACCACGUUCGUUUCUGUUCGACGAUCUCUUAACAGUUCUUGCCUAUGGUCCGUUAUAUAAUACUUACUGUGAUGAUGCUGCCACUUUCGCUAUGAUUCCCCUCAUGAUCAACUUUUUACGGGGUAUUGCUAUUGGAGCUGUACAGCCUUCAGGCGUGGCCCAGGUUGUACUUUUGGCAAUCUCUGAGGUAAUUCUCAUUCUGACGAUCAACCUUUUUCGACCAUUUCCGUCUGCAACAUCGAUGAACAUCUAUCACACCUGCUUUUCGGCCAUCCGACUCAUCACCAUACUACUGUCGAUUGCAUUCGUGCCGUCUCUCGGUGUCGAAGCCUCCACACGAGGGUGGAUGGGAUACGCUAUCUUGAUUAUUCAUGCCUGCACCCUUGUCUUCGGCUUCUUUCUCAACGCGGUUCAGACCCUGAUCGAGGUGGUUGCCAGGCUUGCAGGGGCCGGUGGACGCGAUCAAGAUACUGGUGGCGCCACUCGGGGAGGAUUGACCAAGGUCUUUGGAAUGCGACAAUUGUCUAGGCGACUCCCACGCCGCGACGCGAAUUCUCGUCAUAGCAUGGCUUCAAAUGCCGCCAUGCUCAAUGCCAUGGACCCUGAGCAGAAACAACUUCAGGAAGCGAAGACACGCUCUCGUAGCGUCUCGGCCGCCUCGGGAGCUUUGUUAGAUAGUGGCCGGAGUGCGCACAGAUUGAGCUCUAACAUCGAUGCCCAGGCAAUGGGUACAACCACGCCAGAUCGUACGAGCAAAACUUCAAGACGCCUGACAAACCGAUUGAGUGGUUCUGCGUCGCUGGGCGGAAUAGUCGGUCUCCAUCACAAAUCUGAGACGAAAGAUCCUUAUUACCGACCUCCACGCCGAAAUACCAUUGACCCUCUUGCCGGAAGCAACGGGCUUCCGAUUGCGUCCCUGGGGGGUGAAGGUUCUAAGAGUGUAAAUCUGGACGACCGAGCGCUAGACGAAGAAGCUGGAGAAGGUGCCUCUACUCCCCUACGACAGGAUGACGAAGCCUUUGAGGAUGUUAAUGUUGACCCCCAUCGGGCCAAGACCGACUAUGCUGUGCGAGAAGUGGACUUUUAUUACGGCGUCCGUGGUGCAGCAUUAUCUAGUGGGACAAGAAAACUAAAAACUGGUCCAGCCGAUCCAACGGGUCCAGUCUCGACAGCUAGAGGCUGGUUCAAGGGACUACUAGGUGGCAAAACCAAGGAGAAAACAAAAGGCUUUGAGGUUGUUAGGAGUGCUCGUGCUCCUCCACCGGGUCUUUUCCCUCCGACGCCUGAGCCUGAAGCUCAACAUGUCGAACCAUACCGUGACGAGCAACCUAAUAUCGACGAAGGUCGACCGGAUCCAACAGGUUCAAGAAUAGCAUCUCCCGUUCUGCAGCGGCAUAGCGUCUACGAUGACGACUCAGUUGUCGAGUCCGACGACGAUAUUGAGUCAAUUCCUCAUGUGCCUGCACAGCCCCCCUCGUUGCCUCUGGUGGAAUCGGUGGGCGGCAUCGAGCUACCCAGUCGAAUCGGUUCCGAAGCUUCAAAGAAAUCUAGAAAAAGGCCUCUACCUACAGAAGUCCCGGACGUCCCAGCUGUCCCUGCUAUCCCGAGGAAGAGUUCGCGAAGACAAUCUGGUUCAGACACUGGAUCGAGGGUGAGGGCUCCACAACCACCUUUCCCCCCAACGAAGUUCCCUGAUCACAAAGGCUAUGGUUACAAUCUGAGCGCGAGUCGUAUACCUUUCUCGAGUACACAGUCACCGGCAGCUCAGAACAAGCGAUGGUCGACUGGGGCAGAGUCAACUACGUCAAGUUUAGCGCGUGACGGCGAGGAAAAUGUGCCUGCCCGUCAGUCCUAUAUUAGCCAAUUGCGCAAUUCUGGCUCGGCACUAGGAGCUGCACAUGGUGCAGACAUUCAGAAUGACCGGCCAUCGACUAUGGGGUUUGUUCAGCAACACCGCGCAAGUGAUCAUAUUCACUACAACCCAGAAUACGAAGGUAGCACGGCGGAAGUGCAUGGCAGGCCUUCAUGAUAGUUCAAUGUUUGCCCAACAUGAUGAGUUUCCUUUUGAUCUCAAAAGAAGGUGUUCCAGCUUGACAACGAAAAGUUGACGGUGAGGAGUAUGAGCUCCAUGAUAUGUGAGGCUUGGUGGAAUAUGUUUUUGGCGAUAUAUACAUACAGCGCGGUGUUCAGGUUUGGUUUUUUGUUUCGUUUACAUGCUCGAUAUGCUAUGUGAUUUGACGCAGAAGGCUUGAUGUGGUGGGCACUGAAAAGUUGGUUGAAAUUCCGAAUCAUCCAGGGGAUCAGGAGAUCGGGAACUGCAUUAAUAUCACAUGCAGUGUGUCAUAUUCGGGGGACUCGGAAUAUAUACUCCACAGUAUAGUAAUACAUAAAGGACCUUUAUUAAAAGUCA